CGGCGGCUGAUUCAUGAGACUAGGGCGUAUCAUGUACAAGGGUCAUGCAUGCUAUGCAGCUACAGGUACGUAUCUUCGUUGUCUCUACUGGAAACCACUUCUCAUUGUAGCCUAGAUCUGAAACGGAAUAUCUAUCGAUGGCCGAAGGACCUGAUCCAGUUGUUGCUGAACUCGAGCAAGAGGUGACCUGUGGCAUCUGUCAUGACCGCUACCAGGAGCCAAAGCUGCUCCCUUGUUGUCACUACUACUGCAAGCAAUGCAUCCUCACACUCUCCAGUCGCUACCAACCCAACCAGCCGUUCCCCUGCCCCGACUGUCGUGAGCCCAUUCUAUUACCAGACAACAACCCAGACAGACUGCCCACUGCGUUCUUCAUCAACCAGAUGAAAGCACUCCACUCGAGGAUGGAGAAAGCCCAUGGCAAGUUGGAGACCACCUGUGAAAUGUGCUCUAGAGGAAAAGCAAUCGCAUUUUGUCGACAAUGUGUGAACUUUAUAUGCAAUAGUUGCGUCGAUUCCCACAAACAUAUGAGAGUAUUUGCCGGACAUGCCAUCUCCACUCUGGACGAGCUCAAACAGGGCGGAGUGAAAGAACUAACAUUCGAAAACCCACCACCCCCAAAAUGCGAAGAUCACGAGGAACUAAAAAAGAUUUUCUGUUUUGAUUGCGACAAGCUCAUCUGUCGAGACUGUAUCGUUAUUGAACACGCUGGACACAAUUACGAGUUUGUAAAGAAAGCCGCCCCUGCAACUCGAAAAAAGCUGACAGAGCACCUCUCCCCACUCAAGAACCUACUGCCUGAUCUGAGCACCGCUGUGAAUCAAGUGAAAGGAACUAAACAGAAGAUCCAGGUCCAGAAAAAACUGACAGAGAGACAAGUGAAUGCCAAGUUCCAGAAGCUACACGAUAUACUCGAUCGAUGCAAGGUCCGUGUUUUACGGGAAUCUUCUGCUUUGGCUGAUUCAAAGAUGGAGAAGCUGACGGUUCAAGAGAAGGGUCUAGACCUGUCCCUGGGCACUGCUCAGAGUUUGAUUGACUUUGUAGAGCGUACACUGGAGAAUGCAAGUGAUGAAGAACUGAUUACGAUGCAAGAGCAGGUGGUGAGUCGAAUCGAUGCCGAGGUGGUGAAGCGAGGGAAGGAAGCAGCCAAUCCUGAUCCAGUGGAGAAAGAUGAUGUUGGAGUCGAAGUGUUUGUUUGUGAGGAUCUCAAGAAGUUGUGUGAGAACAAUGUCAUUGUGUAUGCAGGAAAGCCGAUUGUGAAAGGAGACGGUAUCAAAACAGCUGAAGUUGACAAAUGUUCAAAACUGACUUUUUAUUGCUGUUUAAAAAGAGGCAAGCCACAAGUUCUACUGAAAACGCUAUCUGAUGAUACAUCUCAACAACUACAUGCAGUGCCUGUGAGGGGUGGAGUGUACAGCGUUGAGUACACCCCUAGGGUACGUGGUCGACACCACCUCCUGAUCUCAGUGGACGACCAGCCCAUCCCAGGAAGUCCCUUCUCUGUGCUCAUCAAAAUACCCCCCACCAAGCUAGACAAACCAGUGAGGGUGAUAAGAGGAAUCAAGCAACCUCGGUAUAUGGCAUUCAACUCAUCAGAAGAACUGAUUGUAACUGACUGUGAAAGUAAUGUUUUGGUGUUUGACAAGAAAGGAGAUCAAAUUCAAAGCAUCAGCAAAUCAAAGCAUGGGUUUGGGAGUAUCUCUGGUGUGGCAGUAGACAAGGAGGACAACGUCUAUGUCUGUGACUGGAUCAAACAAUGUGUGUAUAAGUUCAACAAAAAAGGAGAUGUACUGAAGAAGUUUGGGACGAAGGGAAGGGGCCCAAAGGAACUCAACUGGCCUCAAGGGAUAGCAGUCGCUGGUGAUCAAGUGUUUGUGUGCGAUCAAGACAAUCACAGAGUCCAAGUGUUGACGACGGAGCUGGAGCCAGUCAAGCAGAUUGGCUCAAAUGGAGCUGGUAAUGAGCAUUUUAACCACCCAGAGGAUGUUGCAGUGGACAAUGAACAAAUGGUGUAUGUCACUGACUAUGGUAAUAAUCGUGUUCAAGUGCUCACUAUGGAUGGUCGGUUUAUUCGCUCAAUUGGAAAGAAAGGAAGUGAACAAGGAGAUCUAUCUCGCCCUUAUGGUGUGUGUGUCACUGGUUUAGUUUAUGUUGUUGAGGAUGGUAACAAGCGUGUGUCAGUGUUCACUAAAGAUGGUCAGUUUGUCACAUCAUUUGGUAAUGGUCAUAUCACUAACCAAACUUUUGGAGUAGCUGUGGACAGUGAUGGUUUUAUGUACAUGUCCAUGAAAGGUUCUGUUAUUAUCUUUUAGAGUAAUUUUUAGUGCUGUGUAACACUGUUCAAUACUUUUGUUUUACAUGCAUUAUUUGUGUGUGUGCAGUAUCAAAUAUGUGGUUAUGUUAUCUUGUAUAAUAAUCAUUAUACACUUUCAAUAAAUUUAUUGAUUGAACAAAUUUAUG